AUGGAUCAGAGCAUCUCGAAUGCGCCCAGCUUUGAUACCGUGUUUCCAGACAGCAUUCCGAACCAUGCUGUGGUUGUCCGUAAAGUGGAAGGCUUCGCAACAUGGCUUAGAGCAGACACUCCAAGCAAAAAGAGGCACACUGCAGGAUGGUUCUGGGGCCAAUUCGAUGGCAUGGAAGUACCUUCCGACCUCCCGUCUCCUGGUCCCUUCAUACGCCACAUCAUCGCCGAGCCAUCUCUCAAUCUACUCUUCUCCGACGGUCGGCUAGACGAUACAUUACGCGCUAAGAUUGAUUCUGGGCCCGCAAUGCAGGUUCGCACUGCAAUGGAACUUAUGGAAAACGUUGAAGAUCGAUGUGCGAAACUAAAUCUGAUCUGCAUCGUUAUGUAUAUCUAUUUCUUCGUCACAUGGGACCCCAACUGGUCAAAACGGCAGACAGGAUACAACCGCCUUCCUCGCCCAGGAUCGAUCCGAUCUGAGAAACUCUACCGCAAAAUGUACAGCAACUACACUGCGCUCAUAGAUGAGCAUCACGAAAAUGCAGCGAGCCUGGAAUACGAUGACUUCAAGGAAAAGGUCAUGGCCUGGGUACAGAGCGGUUCCAAGUACGUUUUCUUAGCACACAAGCUAUCCUUGGGCAGUCUGGUCGUGUUACAGGCGAAGCUUACACCUGCGGCAAUUCAAUUCUGCGGCAAGGGAAAUGAGCGCCCAAACUCCAAAGGAUUAAAACUGCGCGAAGAAGUGCUCCAGCGUCUAAGCCGAUGCGGCCUUGUAAGAAAGGCGCAGCAUGCAGAUGAUAUGAUGCACACCUUGUUGUGCAAUCUGACGGGCAUGCGCCGGUUUGGGAGAUACCCGGGAUUUGACCAGAGGCAUGGUUUUUCCAUGUAG